AUGAGCUGCCCCUCAUCAAAUGAUACCGGGUCGUAUUGUUCUUCCAAAAAUCAUAUUGGUCCAAGAAUUUCACCGGAUCCUGUUGCACUUUCUAAGCUAUGCUCAAAGAGGUCAAAAUCUUCUAUUCCUUCCAGAGAUUCUCUUUGGUCUUAUCCUUCACAACAGCAAUUCUACAAAUCAACCCUAAAUAAGGGUCACAAUGUUGACUCUAAUUUGAUUCCCACAAUAGUUGAAAUUCACAACUUGGUUAAUGAAAAGGCAUGGGAACGUGUUAUGGAAUAUGAAUCAGUUCACAAAGAAACUUGCAAAAAUCCAGUUCUCGUUCAUUUCGUUGGAAAUAAGGAUAAACAUACUUUUAAAUCAAUUUUAAAUUAUAUAUCUGGUUACAAAUUACCAUUUGACAGGCACGACUGGACUGUUGAUAGGUGUGGCAAUCGCAGAAGAUACAUUUUGGAAUUUUAUGAAGGCUCUACUGAUGAUCCUAAUAAACUGGGUGUGCACAUCGAUGUUAGGCCUGAUCUUUCCUUCAACGGGAUUUGUGAUAGACUCAGAUUCUGGGUUCACAAAUCUUUUAGUGGUAUAUAA